AGCAGUAACUGUACUGCUACUGCUACAGCAACAACAAUAACGACAACAACAACAACAACAACAACAAUAACAACUACAAAUUCAAUAGGAGAAAAUUGCCAAGCACUUCGAGAUGAAUUAACACGAGUAAAGUUAGGUUUAGGUAUUGGGUUAGGUUCUGAAAUUAAUCAAUUAAAUAAUAAUUAUUAUGAUUCAUUAUUUUAUUAUGAUCAAAUAGCAUUAAAAAUAGAUUCAUCAAAAUUAAUUCAAUCAUUAUGUUUAUGUAGAUUUAAUCAUAUACUUGAACCAUAUUUAAAUCAAAUAUCAUCAUUAUCUGAUCAAAUGUUUUAUUGUAUUCAAUUAACAUCAAUAUUCACUGAACAAAAUAAAUUAACACAAUGGAAUAUAUAUAAUCAACAAUCAUCAAAUAAUAUUUGUGAUAAUAUUUUAUCAAUAAUACAACGACAAAUACAUAUGCCAUCAUCAUCAAUAUCACAAUGA